CCCCCACCACUUCCUUAUCCUGCACCGCUGCCGGAGCCCAACCCCAGCGAGAUACCCCAUCACCAACGAGCUAACCCGUCGUCCCAGCAACCUAAAAUCCGCCCCGCUGGACCUCGUGCCUCCAUGGCCAGAUGUCUCCCCGGACGAACGCAUGCGUGCACUGCAUCGGCCGUUGCCUGGCGGCGCGAGCAGUGACUGGCGGCGCGAGUUGGCAGUGAAAUUGCGAGCAGUGGCGGGCGGCGCCUGGCUGGCGGCAAACCAGAAGCAUGGGGCCGCCCCUAGGCGUCUCUUGCGCGGGCACAUGCUAAUUAAUGGAGGCGGUUGCGGCGUCAGGCCCCAUGGGCGCCAUGAUGGAGCACGUGUCGGCGGCGCUGGAGCUGUUGUACCCGGUGGCGGGCGGCGAUGCCCAGGGAGGCCCUGGCCGCGCGCCAUGGAGGGCAUGUCCUGCGGCGGCCGCAAGUCUGCCAUCGGCGUCCCCUGCGCUUGAGCCCACCAUCGCCUUCAUAGCCAAAGAAUACCACCAUGGGUGUCGCCUGAGCUUCUCCUUGCUGCAGCUGCAUCGCGCGUUCCCCGGUGCACUGCUGCGCGACCUCACCUGAUCCGGGCGCCGAUGAAGAUACGCCCAUAGCGUGUUUGUUGAAAUGCCCAUAAGAAAAUUGGAGAGAGAAAGAAGAAGACUCUAGUCAUUGACAGGUGGGGCCCUCAUCCAACUCAGUAAAUUGUCCACACAAGCACGCCACGUCAGCCCGUCAGGUGGGACCUACCCGUCGGUUUUGCUUUUUUCCGACCAAAUUAAACAAUCAGUGCUCCGCGUUAUUGAUUAGGCACAGAGUUGGUGAUUUUUUGUGCCCUGACUCAAAUGUGAUAUCAAGUUGUUAUCCUAACACCAAGUGUGGUGGUUUUAGAUAAAUAACUCCUUUUGAGACGAGAAGCUCGAAAACUACUCUCUUUGUCCCAUAAUAUAAGCACGUAUUUGACACUACUACACUAGUGUAGAAAGCGCUCUUAUAUUAGGAAUAUCGGGUCACGAAGAACAAGAUUUUAAGUUUUACUCGUUUUACUUUUUUAUUCUCUUUCAAAUAGACAACCCUGUAUUAUUGGGCCCAAAUCUUGUCCGUGGUGGUGGUAUGUCCAGUCCCCACCAAAAGCACAUAGGCCCCUUUCGACGCUCCUUCACAACCCACUGGGCCGCGUUUCCUUCCGGCGCCGCCAAAGCGUUUGGCGUCCAACCCACGCACGCGGCCCCGGCCGUCUCCGCCGUGCCUACGAAGAGAUCGAAGAGGAAGAGGAAGCGGCGUCGCGGCGCACCCCGUUUUUCCAUUCUCGGCUUCCUCGCCCACCGACCACCCCCGCCUCUCCUCCCUCAGCCUAUGCGCCGCCCCACGCCGCCGCCAUUGACGUAAGCCCCUCUCCUCCCUCAGCCUACGCGCCGCCCCACGCCGCCGCCAUUGACGCACAGAUGAUGGGCUCCUCGGGCUCCGGCAAUGGCUCCCGCCACCUCGACCCGGGCCGCGUCCACGAGCUCGUCAUGCGCCGCAAGCCGUACGACCUCCUCCACUACCUGAAUUCCAUACCCGGGGCGUCCGAGGACCCGCACUGCCGCCAGAUCAAAUACGUCGCGGAGACUCUCCUGCUGCUCAUGCGAAGAGGUUUGGUUCCCGGAGACAAGACGCUGAUCGUGGAUUGGGCCCGAAACGCAUGGCUGAACGCGACCCAAAGCAGACUUUUUUCAUCCCAGAUGGUUGGUGGUGGUCCAUCCAAUUUUACUUCAGAUGCAGGUUAUAAUAUGCAUCCACACAAUUCAAGUUCAUAUUCUGGAAGGAUGUUGACCAAUGAACCUGGCAGUAAUGACUUCAGACAUGCUGCAAUGCAUAAUCAAUUAUCUGCUUCUAACCCAAGGAAUCAUACUGCAACAUUUCCUCCACAGCAAGCAAACUCAACUGAUGCAUAUGUUCCAUUGCGGAAUAAUUCUAAGCUUGGUCAUGAUAUGCACCCACACAAUUCAAGUUCAUAUUCUGGAAGGAUGUCGACCAACGAACCUGGGCUCAGAGAUACUGCAACGCAUAAUCAAUUAUCUGCUUCUUACUCACGGAAUCAUACUGCAACAUUUCCUCAACUGCAAUUAAACUCGAAUGAUGUGAUGCUUGAUGAAACAUUUGCCUUUAACCCUGGAACUCAUGCUUCAGCAUAUGUUCCAUCAGGGGGUUAUUACACACUUGGUCAUAAGAUGCACCCACAAAAUUCAAAUUCAAAUUCUGGAAGGAUGUUGACUAACAAACCUGGUAGUAAUGGGCUCAGAGAUACUGCAACGCAUAAUCAAUUAUCUGCUUCUUACUCACGGAAUCAUACUGCAACAUUUCCUCAACUGCAAUUAAACUCGAAUGAUGUGAUUCUUGAUGAAACAUCUACCUUUAACCCUGGAACUCAUGCUUCAGAAUAUGUUCCAUCACGAGGUUAUUAUACACUUGGUCAUAAUAUGCACCCACACAAUUCAAGUUCAUAUUCUGAAAGGAUGUUGACCAACGAACCUUGUAGUAAUGAGGUCAGAGAUGCUGUAAUGCAUAAUCAGUUAUCUGCUUCUAACUCAAGGAAUUAUACUGCAACUUUUCCUCCAGUGCAGGCAAACUCGAAUGAUGUGCCACUUGAUGAAACAUCUGCUUUUAACUCCGGAACUCAUGCUUCAGCAUAUGUUCCAUUGCGGGAUAAUCCUACACUUGCACAAGCAUUCAAUGAACUCUUGGAUAAUAUUUUUUCGCCACAAAAGCAUGGUACACGGACGGUCGGACCACUAUGGCCGUGCCACCCUGGGUCAGAGCAGAAAAGAAAAGUGCUGCCCACAGUAGAUAUCAAAGGAAAGAGACCUGCAUCGAUGAAGGUGACGACGCUGAGGUUGAACGUUGCUUCUUUGGUUGCAGAGGAUGGAAUUAAUAGUGCUGCAGGGGUGUUGAUUAGGAAUGGCAGCACGGCACAAUUCGUCGGUGCAUCAUGCUUUAGUCCGAUACUACGCAGGGAGCCAGCUCUUCUGCUUGCAGCUGCUUGUUGCAAAGGGAUCAAAAUCGCUCUGUCCUAUCAACCAGCUAGUAUCACGCUGGAGUCCCAUCUGCUCCCUCUGCUCAACCCGCUAUACGCCUCUUCGGAUCAACCGCCAGAUGUAGUGCAGCUGAAAGAAUUCCUGAGCCAGGGAUACCCACAUUUCGUAGUCCGGGACAUUCCAGAAGAAUCCAAUCGUGCUGCUUGUGAGUUGGCUCUCAAUGUUUUGCACCUACGGGAGUCCUAUAUGUUCUUCAAUGAUCCGCCAGAAUGGCUUGUCCCUUACCUAGAUCAGUGAGCUUAAAUACUCUUUGAGUUUGAAAACGAUUCACCGGCUACUCAGUAGAAAGCUUCAUGGUGUAGGUAAAUGGCAGGUGCAAGCUUUCAUCUUGAGUGUAGUACUGUAGAUUAGAUAUAGUGAAGUUGAAGCACACAUACAGUAACGACGUUCUUUCAACAUCUCACAUACAUGGAUAGUGUCUUGUCUGUCUUCUUGCUGUACUUGUGCACCCAGUUGUGAUAGGUUGUGAUGUAAACCUGGAUAGACCAUAUACUGAUGAAUAGAAAUGAUUACAGUUGUUCUU